UAAUGUAUGUCUCCUUCUCCAAAGCACACGCUCACCACCAAACAGAUCCUUCUCCUCCGCGUGCUUUCUCUCGCCGUCGAUCAUUAGGAGCUUUCGAGGUUUAGGUUUUAUCUUCUCCGUUAGCGAAACGACUAAUUUUCUCGAGAGAAUUCUCCGAAGGUUUUCACGAGAAGGAUUCGGUUCGUUUCUCCGUCGUUUCGACUCAACGAUUUGGCGUUAAUUUUUUUUUUCAAUUUGACGUACGAGUUCGCGAAUUCGUUUCCUAAUCGAAUUUGGGAUUGAAGAUAAGGUUUCGCAUUAGGUAUCGUCGCGAGAGGAAUUGAUACUUUUUCGAGGGUUUUUUCUGGAGGUUUGAGACUGCGAAAUCCGUUGUUUUGGUGAAAUUAGGGUUUUAAAUCGCAAUCUGGGUACUCGUUUAUGUUGACGAGGUGAGAACUGGUGAGGUGGUGGGAGAUGAUUCUGAAACGGACCUUGACGUUCGAGGAGCAGAAUCUGAAGCGGUGCAAAGUGGGUUCGGAGAUUGAGUAUGGGGGCAAAAAGGGGGAGAUUAUAGUGUACAGGAGGAGGAACAGAGCGAGCGUUGAUCAACCAUGUAGAGAAGAAGAAGAAGAAGCUGAGGAUUGUUGUACGAGUAGCGCUGGCUCCUUGACGAGCAAAGAAUCUCAAGACCAGUCCAAGUCCAAGUCCUCGCGGGGCAGCAGCAGAGUUCGAGUGGUUCCCUCGAGGUUUAACGAUUCGGUUGUUGAUGCGUGGGGGAACAGACGUCGCAAGGUCGAGUCGAAGGAGGAGUCUGGCCGUGGUGACGAUGACGAAGAGGUUCGUGUAGUGAAGAAACUCAAAGGUGGCCAGGAGGAGGGAAGCUCGAAGGUGUUUCCACGUAAGGAUAACGGAGACGGCAGCGAGGUGGAUUUUGAAAAGGAUGCGAAUUUGAGAGUUUCGAUGUUGUCUUCCUCCGACGACGCUAGUUCUUUCUUUGUGAGAGGUAAAGAGGAGUCUUUUGCCGAAUCUGGGAUUAUGCCGAAAGAUCCCGCGGGGGCCACGAGGAAAGAAGGAGUGUACAGACCAGAGAACUUUUCUGUCGGCGAUCUUGUCUGGGCCAAGUGUGGUAAAAGAUUCCCGGCGUGGCCGGCUAGAGUGAUCGAUCCGGUUUCGCAAGCGCCUGAUGCUGUCUUGAAACAUUGCGUCCCGGGCUCGCUUUGUGUCAUGUUUUUUGGGUACUCGAAGAAUGGAACUCAGAGGGACUAUGGAUGGAUCCGACAAGGAAUGGUGUUUCCGUUUACGGAAUUUAUGGACAAAUUUCAGGAUCAGACAAACUUUUACAAUAACAAGCCAAGCGACUUUAAGAAGGCCCUCGAGGAAGCAGUUUUAGCAGAGAAUGGGGUUGAAGGUAGUUGUGGAGCUGCUGAAAUCAGCUGCCCAGAUUCCUAUGCCACUGAAUCCGACCAGGAGCAUGGGCCUGCGCAUAGAUCUCAGGGCUCGUGUCAUGUGGACGUAAGGACCUGCGACGGCUGUGGCACAGUUAUGCACGAAUCACAACCUGAAGAGCUUUUAUGCAAGCACUGUUCAAAGUUGUGGAAAUCCAGUCAGUAUUGUGGCAUUUGCAAGAGAUCAUGGCACUCUUCAGAUGGUGAAGAUUGGGUAUGUUGCGAUGGGUGUGAUAUAUGGGUACAUGCUGGGUGCGACAACAUUUCGAAGAAACGCUUUAAGGAACUGGAGGACAGCAAUUACCACUGCCCUGAUUGCAGAGCGCAGCAUGAGUGUGCGCCGACAGUAGUAAAUGAACAGAACUCAUUGUUCAAGUCUACAGAAAAAGCGACAGAGACUGAGCUGGCUGAUGAGAUUACUGUAGUCUGCAAUGGCAUGGAAGGGACAUAUAUCCGAAAGUUUCAUGUAAUUGAGUGCAAGUGUGGUUCAUGUGGAGCAAGGAAGCAGUCACCAAGUGAAUGGGAACGGCAUACAGGCUGCAGAGCCAAAAAGUGGAAGUACAGCGUAAAAGUGAAAGGCACAAUGCUAACUCUAGAAAAAUGGAUUGCAGGAUAUAGUGCCCUCCCUGUAGAACAAGUAACUGCUGAUUGCAGGAUAUUAGAUAAGGAGAUGAUGCUCUCUUUGCUGGAAGAAAAGUAUGAGCCAGUUAAUGCAAAGUGGACGACUGAAAGGUGUGCUGUAUGUAGAUGGGUAGAAGACUGGGAAGAAAAUAAAAUGAUCAUCUGUAACAGAUGUCAAGUUGCCGUGCACCAAGAAUGCUAUGGGGUAAGCAAAGCUCAAGAUCUUACCUCCUGGGUGUGCAGAGCAUGUGAAACACCAGAUAUUGAGAGAGAGUGUUGUCUUUGUCCUGUAAAAGGCGGUGCUUUAAAACCAAGCGACGUUGAGGGUUUGUGGGUUCAUGUAACAUGUGCUUGGUUCCGUCCCGAAGUUGGGUUUUUGAAUCACGAACAUAUGGAGCCUGCUGUUGGACUUUUCAAAAUUCCAGUAAAUUCAUUUCUUAAGUUUUGCAGAAUUUGUAAGCAGACACAUGGUUCUUGCGUGCAAUGCUGCAAGUGUGCCACUCACUUCCACGUAAUGUGUGCAGCACGGGCAGGUUACCGCAUGGAGAUGCAUUGUGUGGAGAAGGAUGGUGUGCAGGGAACAAGGAAGUCAAUUUACUGUGCUUUUCACAGGAAGCCAGAUCCAAACAGUAAUGUAGUUGUGCACACACCCUCCGGAGUUUUUGGAUCUAGAAAUUUGCUUCAGAAUCAAAAUGGGCGCAUAAAAGGUUCAAGACUUGUUUUGACCAAGAAGAUGAAGCUUCCAGGUUCCGAUAUCCAACCCCAAACCGAACAGAGUCGUGAUUCUCUUUCUGCAGCAAGAUGCCGUAUCUAUAGUAGAUCAAACACGAAGAAGGUUAAUCUGGAGGCGAUACCCCACAGGCUGAAGGGACCAAGCCAUCAUUCUUUGGGUGCAAUCGAGGAUCUCAACUCUUUUAAGGCAAGUUUUCUCAUUCAGAGCUCCAUGCAUGUUCAUUGUUUCUUCACUGGGAGUUUCUCUGAAUACCUCAACAAGAUCUUGAUUUCCCUUUACAAUUGUUUACUCCAGGAAGCAGAUACCACAGAAUUUACGUCAUUCAAAGAGCGGCUAAAGCACUUGCAGAGAACGGAAAAUCUUCGGGUCUGCUUUGGUAAAUCAGGCAUACAUGGAUGGGGUCUCUUUGCAAGGAAAAGUAUUCAAGAAGGAGAAAUGAUAAUUGAGUACCGUGGGGUGAAAGUUAGGAGAAGUGUUGCAGAUCUGAGAGAGGCAAACUAUCGUGCUCAAGGCAAAGAUUGUUAUCUGUUCAAGAUAAGCGAAGAGAUAGUGAUUGAUGCCACAAACUCUGGAAACAUAGCACGACUGAUCAACCAUUCAUGUAUGCCCAACUGCUAUGCACGUAUUGUGAGUGUAGGCGAUGGAGAAGAGAACAGAAUCGUCCUCAUUGCAAAGACCAAUGUCUCACCAGGCGAAGAGCUUACGUAUGAUUAUCUCUUUGAGGUUGAUGAAUCUGAAGAAAUCAAAGUGCCUUGCCUUUGCAGAGCUCCUAACUGUCGCAAAUUCAUGAACUGAUCAGAGUUUUCUCAAAGUCGAAAGCAUUCUUGCAACGGUUCUAGCAGCGGCUGAUUCAUGCUGACUUCUUUACAAUUGAUACUUGAUUCAUUGGUUAGGCGCCAUUAAAUAGUAUGUCCGCCGGUUACCUUUCCCGGUCUAGCAAUUUUGUAAAUGUGUAGGAACCACAUAGGCCACAGAUGAAGACUUUACACAUUUGAUUUUUUAAUCUACAGAUCAUCAAAAGUGUUGAUAUCUUUUUCAUGUUUUACAUAAAUAUUGUUUCUUAAUUUCUAUAAAUUAAAACUCUAAUUUUUA